AUGACUUCUUCCAUUGCCUUUCAAUCAGGAGCUUCUUUCUCCUCUUCAUCUCCUUCCAUCCCUCCAUGGAAUCAUGAUAUAUUCUUGAGCUUUAGAGGUAAAGAUAUUCGCUAUAAAUUUAUUUCUCAUCUAAAUCAUGCUUUGCGUCAAAGUGGAAUCAAGACUUACAUGGAUGGUGUCGACCUUGAAAGAGGAGAAGAAAUUUUGUCAGAACUUUUCAAAGCUAUUGAAGAGUCACAGAUUUCGAUCAUUGUAUUCUCUAAAAACUAUGCAGAAUCCAGAUGGUGCUUAAACGAGCUAUUGAAGAUUCUUGAGUGUAAGAAAAUAAUGAAACAAGUUGUUCUACCGAUAUUCUAUAAGGUAAAACCAUCAGAAGUACGAGAACAAAAAGGAAGAUUUGGAUAAGCAUUUACUAAACUUGGAGAGAAAAUCAAGGAUGACAU